CAUCUCAUUUCAGGAGGAAUAUGGGUGAAUCCAUGUUGCUCCAAAGACUUCCCUUGAGAGUUGUACUGUUGUUGUGCACAUUGGCGGCUCUAUUUUCAAUAGUUACGGCCGAUGUAGCUCAAACAACAAAGUCUGCAUGCACAAGUAGAUGUGGCAACCUCACCUUCUCGUAUCCAUUCGGGAUGAAUCACAUCAGCAAUGACUGCUAUUUCAAAGAAGAAUCAAAUUCUUUUCUCAUCUUUUGCGACAACUCGACCGAUCCUCCCACUCCUUAUAUGUCUGAGAAAAGCACUAAUCUCAGCAUAGUCAAUAUAUCUCUCGAGAAUCACGAGAUGAGUAUAAUGACUUGGGUGGCCGAAGAUUGUUAUACGCCGUCCGGCAGCCGCUCACGGAAUAAUCAUCCUUGGCUCACUCUUUCUAAAUUCCCCAUGUCUAACGCCAAGAACAAAUUUAUUGCCGUGGGAUGCGACACGUACGCGAUUUUUAGAGGUCGACAAGGAAGCAAGUAUGCUACAGGAUGCUUGUCCUCAUGCGACAGCAUCUCGGACGUGAUUAAUGGGUCGUGCUCGGGCAUCGGUUGCUGUGAGACUAGCAUCCCUCGAGACGCUUACCGAUACAACAUCACUGUCACUAGCUACAACAAUCAUAGUGGCAUCUGGGGAUUCAAUCCGUGCGGGUACGCUUUCGUUGCCGAAGACGGCUUCUUUAGCUUCUCUACCGACGAUCUAUACAAGCCACCCUACGAUAUGGUCCCUUUAGUUCUUGAUUGGUUAAUUCCAGAUCAAACAUGCGAUGAUGCAAAGAAGAAUAGAACGACCUACUUGUGCCAAGAGAACUCCAAUUGUACAGAUGCUGACAAUGGAAAUGGGUACCAGUGCCACUGCUUGGAGGGUUUUCGAGGGAACCCCUAUCUCCAAAAUGGUUGUCAAGAUAUCAACGAAUGUGUGACUUCACAACCCUGUAGUGAAAUAUGUACGAACUUGCGGGGAACGUACAAGUGUUCAUGUCCAGUGGGAUAUGAAGGAGACGGAAGAAAUGAUGGAAAGGGUUGUACUCUUAUCAUCCAUGAAAAGAGGUUUCGCUCAACUGAUGUCAUACUCGGUGUAAGCAUAAGCUUCCUGCUGAUUCUUUUGGGUGUUUCCUGGUUAUAUUGGGGGCUUAGACAAAGAAAAAUCAGCAGACAGAGAAGGAAGUUCUUCCUAGAAAAUGGGGGCCGCCUCAUGCUGCAGAGACUUCUUUCUGAGCACGAAGGCUCCGUUGAAUCAGUGAGAAUAUUCACUGAUGAAGAGCUCAAGAAGGCCACAGACCACUACCAUGAAAGCCGAAUCCUAGGCCAGGGAGGCCAAGGAACAGUAUAUCGAGGAGUCUUACCAAACAACACGGUUGUUGCCAUCAAGAAGGCCAAGAUUUUGGACCGAAGUCAGGUCGAAGAUUUUGUUAAUGAGCUGAUCAUCCUCUCCCAAAUCAAUCACCGUAACGUGGUUAAGCUAAUUGGGUGUUGCUUCGAGACAGAGGUCCCGUUGUUGGUCUACGAAUUCGUGACCAAUGGCACCCUUUCUGACCACAUACACAAGUGCGGCCAUGAGUCCACAUUAUCCUGGAGGGCUCGUCUGCGCAUAGCUGGGGAGACCGCAGGUGCGCUCUCGUACUUGCACUAUGAUGCAUCCACUCAGAUUUUGCACAGAGACAUAAAGAGCACAAACAUAUUGUUGGACGAAAACUACACCGCGAAGGUCUCCGAUUUCGGAGCCUCCAGGCUAGUUCCCCUCAACCGGAUGCAGCUGACCACGCUGGUGCAAGGCACGCUGGGGUACUUGGACCCUGAGUACUUCCACUCGAGUCAGUUGACUGAGAAGAGUGAUGUCUAUAGUUUUGGGGUUGUGUUGGCUGAGCUGCUUACUGGACUGAGGGCCUUGUCCUUCGAGCGGGCCGAGAACGAGAGGAACUUGUCCAUGUAUUUUGCUUCUGCAAUAAAGGGCGAGAGGCUGCUCGAAAUCAUUGACCUGAGGGUGCUGAACGAGGGGAACCCUGAAGAGAUUAAGAAAGUCGCAGUGCUGGCAAACCGAUGCCUAAGGGUGAAAGGCGAAGAUCGGCCGACCAUGAAGGAAGUGGCAACGGAAUUGGAGGGACUGAUGAGGGUGAUGUACAGGCAUCCAUGGGUGAAUCAGAGCUGUGACCUUGAAGAAGCUGAGCAUCUGCUUAGUGAGAGAUCAAGAAAAUGUGACGGCGUCCUCAAAAGCACUGCAUCAGGUAAUGAUUAUAGCACAAGUAACCAAGUGCCGUUCGAACUUGAAAGUGGAAGAUGAGACUUCAUGGCAUGUUGGCCCUAGUACUAU